UCGAGUGGAUAAAUUGGCUCAUAUGAGUGAAAACAAAUGCCCGCACGCAGUGGUUGGAGGGAAUUUUGUUAGUUAAGAAAAAUAAAUGGAUGACGAGACCAUGGACAACACUGCUGUAAUUAGAAUGAAACGAGAAUUAGAUGCUUAUUUGUCAGAUUCGGCUAGCAUAGUUACUAACGUCUUUCGAGAAUCUCGGCCAAGAACAAGCCUCUUUUUUCAAAACGAUUUGACAACGACACCCGAUGCCGGUGACCCAAGAAGAGAAAGAUGUGAUAACAUGGGGUCUAAUGAAAUAGAUAAAGACGAGAUGAUUUGCGCGAAACCGUUUACAAGACCCAUAUCAGAUCUUGAAACAAAACGAGUUAGAUUAGAUCUUGAAAAAGAAGUUGAAAUUCUAAAAGAAGAGAAGAAAGUUCUUGCUGAAAAAUACGCCGAUUUGCAGUUGAAAUUGAAAUUUGUAUGUGAGAAUGAGCAAAGCUUAAAAGAACAGUUGAAAGUAAGUGAAACAGACUUUGCGAAGUGCAAAUCAUCAAAAGAAGAUAUACUUCGUUACGGACAAAAAACUCGAUGGAAGUUGGAGGAAGCAUUAAAAGAAAGUAGUCGAAGGAUAAGUGAUCAAAAUUUUAAAAUAAAUGAACUUCAAUCGCGGAACAAUAGACCAAAUAUAGAAGCAGUUAAGGCGCAAAGAAAACUGGAAUUUCAUAUAGAUCAACUGAGAAUCAUGAGCAGUCAGAUUGAAGAAUUGGAGAAGUUUAAAGAUCAAGCAAUACAAGGCGAAGUAAGGAUUAGAGAGUUAGAGAAUCAGUUAGCCAAACACCAAGAUGAAAUAGUCAUAACAAGAGUUUGCAAAUCAAAACUCGAUACAGUUCCAGAAUUAGAAAAACAAAGAGAUAGACUGAUUGAAGAAAAUAACGAGCUAAAAGUAAAUGAAAGAAAUUUUAUGAAACUUGAAGAAGAAUUUGAAGGAUUACAGAAAAAAUUGGCCAGAUCAGAAGAACGUGUCUAUGAACUGAACCGGCUUGAUAUCGUCAAUGAAGAAAUGAGGCAGAUCAAGCAACGCUGUAAGCUUUGUGGAUCCAGUGAAUCUCAGUCCAGAGCUACCAUGUUAAAGCAGAUUUCUGACCUGAAAGCUACUCAUAUGAAACAGUUAGAGGAGCAAGGUGAACUUAGUUCAAGGUUGCGGAGAAGUGAAAAUCAGUUGCUUGAAUUUCAAACAAAGUAUCAAUCAACACAAGAAAAAUUAAACAGCACAAACACUAAUUGUCAGAAACAAGCUGAUUUUAUUAAACGACUUCAAAAAAAACUUCUGCUAACAACAAAGGAAAAGGAAGGAUACAAGAGGAUUAUAGAAUCGUAUGAAAGUGAAGUGACAUUGAACGUAGCCAAUCCAGGCAUCGAUCGCACACAGCAACUAGAAGAUAUUGUUCAGUCAUACAAACGUCAUUGUGAAACUCUAGAAACGGAGAAUAAUCAACAAUUGGAACAAAUUGCUGAUUUAAAACAAAAAUGUCAGCAUAACCAAUCAGGAGGUCAUACAAUGUCAAUGAUAGAGAUUCCAAAUGUUUCAAAGACAUCAGAUUUGGAUGUAAUAGCUGAACUAAAAGAAAAAAUCAUUAAUUUAGAAACUUUGUUAAAACAGACACAGGAAGAAAAAUAUACUUUAGAAUGUAGAAUAGAACAAAGCCAUUUACAGGGCAACUAUGAUCCUACUAAAACUAAAAUAGUUCAUUUUACUAUGAACCCAGCUGCUAAAGCACAGCAACAACGUGAACAGGACCUUGAGGUGUUAAGAAGUGAGAAUGAAAAAUUAAGGGGACGUUUAAAUAUCUUAGAGAAUGCUAAAGGGGAGUGCGUUGAAGAUUUGACUUUACGUGUUGAAGAAAAGCUGCAGAAUCCAUCACCAAAUAAACAAGUUGAAGACAUGAAGGCACAAGUGAGGAAAGAAGAGUUAAGAAAUAGGCGAUUAAUGGAAGCUUUCAAGAAGACCAGUCAAGAAUUCCGCAAUGUUUGUUGUCAAUUACUGGGUUACAAGAUUGAUAUAACAGGAAAUAGUCAGUACCGAUUGACAAGUAUUUAUUCAGAAUCAGUUCAUGAUCAUCUGAUAUUUCAACAGUCUUCAACAGGUGACAUUCAGCUAAUGGACACAGAAUUUUCACAAACUGUUCAAGACCUUAUAGAUAAUUAUUUAGUGAAACAAGACAGUGUUCCAGCUUUUCUUUCUAGUGUUUGUCUUGAUCUGUUUAGACGCCAAACAAUUAACUUAGGAUGAAAAAUAAUAAGUUAGUGAUUUUUCAUUAAAGAAAGAUAAUAAUAGAUAUUUAAAUAUGAUUUGAAAUCAGAUGAGUUUAGAUGGUAAACUGGUAUGACUUGGCUUCUAUCUAAAAUGCUACAUGUAGGUACAUGUAUACUAAGCUGUUUGUUUUAUACUCAGAAUUUAGUCAGAUUUAUAAUUAGUCUUGAUCGCUAUUUCAUGAGUUGUCUACUACAAUCAAUAUUGUUGGAACAGUAUAGCAUUCAUCUUGACUCAAUCCAUCAGUUACUCACAUAGUCUGUGUAUUUCAAAUAAAUGGAGACAGUCAUUUUCCUCUCAACAAGUCUUUAAAGAUUUUCUUACUUGUAUGGCAAUAAUUUUGACAGAUUUGGUGCUACUUUAUCCAGGCUAAUAUUUAUCCAAGUCAAAGCGAGACAAUUUGGGCUGGAGUGAUCAAGACAAAUUUUGAAUACACAAAAUCUCCAGCAAUGAAUAAUUGGCAUUAAAGUAUACUAUCAGUAUCACACCGAUCAUCAGUGAUUAUUCGCUAAGCUUUCUAUAUAGGUCUGUGAAACAAAUUAGUAUAGUAUAUCAAACUAUACAUGUAGGUACAAUGUACACACUUUCAAGUUAUCAGUACCCUUUGAUUUAGAGGUUUGUUGUUUGCAUUACAUUACAUUAAUUUUUGAAUAAUUAAAGAAGAAAAAAAAUAAAAUAAAAAUAAAUAUGGAUUGUAUAAUACUGGCAACCCAUAUACCCGUACUGUGUUUCUAUUUAUAUUUAUAGCUAAUAUAACGUCUAAGAAUAAAUAUUUUGAUGCAA